GUUGGGGCUGGGCAGCUCAACCCGAGCACGCGCUCGUUCAAGAUCGUCACUGAGAGCCCCCUCGUCGUGAUGUUCCUAUUCCAGCUCUACACCAAGCUAGUGCAGACCAACAUACCCUAUCUCCUUCCCCUCAUGGUCACCGCCAUCUCCAUCCCCGGGCCCGACAAGGUCCCUUCCCACCUCAAGACCCAGUUUGUGGAGUUAAAGGGUGCGCAGGUUAAGACGCUCUCUUUUCUUACUUAUCUGCUGAAGAGUCAUGCCGAGUACUUUAGGCCUCAUGAGGAGCACAUGUGCAAGAGCAUUGUUAAUUUGCUUGUUACCUGCCCCGACUCGGUUUCCAUUAGAAAGGAGCUGCUACUAGCCAUGAAGCAUGUUCUCAACUCGGAAUUCAGACGAGGGCUGUUUCCUCUUAUUGACAUGCUUUUGGAAGAAAGGGUUCUAAUUGGGACUGGCCGAGUUUGUAUUGAGACAUUAAGACCGUUGGCUUAUACCAUUCUCGCAGAGAUGGUGCAUUAUGUUCGAGGGGACCUUUCACUUCCUCAGCUUUCUCGUAUUACAUAUCUAUUCUCAAGAAAUAUGCAUGAUUCAUCCUUAACCCUUGCCAUUCAGACAACUUCUGCCCGUCUGUUGCUUAAUCUGGUUGAACCAAUUUAUGAGAAAGGUGUCGACCAACCAAGCAUGGAUGAAGCACGAGUUUUGUUGGGGCGCAUUCUGGAUACUUUUGUGGGAAAGUUCAGGACCUUCAAGCGCAUUGUGCCUCAGGUAUGUUCCUUUGAGGGCUGACCUAUUUGGAGGCCAAAAUCCAAAAUCCUGUCUGUUUGAUAUCUACAUCUCUCCUACUCACAAAAACACAGAAAAAAACAAAAAGUCGGGAAUGGCUGAGGA